UCGGAACAUCAACACCACGAAACACAUCUUGAACUUCGAAACCAAAACUUCCGAACCUUUCCGUACCUCCACUUUCCCUUUGCACAGAAUACCACCGCAACCAUAAGUCGCAAAAACCGAAACCGCCAUCCAAAAGGCAAAGGCUCCCAGCACGGCCACCAAAAACCACACAAGAUGGGCCAAGCCGAGUCUCGCGAGCCGAUCGACCCCAGCCAACCUCCCGAGACCCUGUCCUCCCGAACCCUCGAAGGAGUAGCCGAGUACAUCAAAGAUGGCCGACACAAGAGAAUCGUCGUCAUGACAGGAGCUGGCAUUUCAACCUCAGCAGGAAUCCCCGAUUUCAGAUCACCUGACACAGGUCUGUACGCCAACCUGCAGCGCCUCAACCUCCCGUUCGCCGAAGCUGUGUUCGAUAUCUCGUAUUUCAGACAGAAUCCCGAUCCCUUCUACGUGCUCGCCAAGGAACUUUACCCGGGAAAGUUCUAUCCGACGAUUGCUCACGCUUUUAUCGCGUUGCUGGAUGAGAAGUUCCUUUUACAGAUGCUGUUUACGCAGAAUAUCGAUUGCUUAGAGCGCAGGGCUGGGGUACCGGGCGACAAGAUCGUGGAAGCGCAUGGCAGUUUUGCGACGCAGAGGUGUAUUGAGUGUAAGACGGAGUACCCGGAUGAUUUGAUGAAGAAAGCGAUUGAGAGGGCGGAGGUACCGCAUUGUGUGGUUCCGCAGUGCAAUGGGCUGGUGAAGCCGGAUAUCGUGUUCUUUGGGGAGCAGCUGCCGGAAGCGUUUCAUAAGAAUAGACAUGUGCCUGCGAUGGCUGAUUUGGUCAUUGUUAUGGGUACAAGUUUGACGGUGCAGCCGUUUGCUAGUUUGCCGGGCUUUGCGAGGGAGGGUGUACCGAGGGUUUUGAUCAAUAAGGAAUCAGUGGGUGAUCUUGGAUGCCGGCUGGAUGAUGUGCUGGUUCUUGGAGAUUGUGACACCGGUGUUCGAAAGUUAGCUGAUGCAUUGGGCUGGCGAGACGAACUGGAACAGCUCUGGCUGGAAGUUGGAGGAAAGGUGCCGGAGAGAGAAGCCGCGAGGUUGAAAGAGCAGAGAAAAGCCAUGACGAAAGAUGAAGCGCUCGAGGCCGAGAUUGAGAAGCUUACUCGAGAAGUUGAUGACACUUUGAAGGUGUCGAAGGAUCAUACGGAAUGGGUCAACAAGAACUUGGCUGAGUCUGAUGAGAAAGCUGCUUCCAAAGCUGCGAAGGAUUCUGGUGGAACAAUCACAUCUGCCUCGGAACUACCGCCCAAGACCGAGGGUUUGAAGGAACCUCCGCCAACUCCAGCCAGCAACGAAAAUACCCCUAUCAACACAGAGAAAGUCGAUAAUGAAGCUCCAGCCAAAGCACCUGCAAUCGAUUCGAAAGCGAUUCUCGAUGUCACGCUGCCACACAACAGACCGAGUACUACCGAGGACAAGAAGCCACCUUCUCGGAUCUGAUGAGACACCUUUGGUGUGAAGCCUUCAUCCAGACUUCCUUAAAUGAACUUUAGCGGAGCAUUGAGGUUUUGACUUUGCUUGUCACGGAAAGAAGGCCCUUAGACUAGGGACGAGUGUGAAACUUGUACGAGAUGGCACAGAACGAUUGUCUUAUUAACGUAGUGUAGAUCAAUGAUGAACAUGAAUGUCUCUUCAUACUCUGAAUAGAAUGACCGUUAUUAUGUAACCUCGCCCUGGUCAGCCUCAGACGUCUAUAACCUCUUCCACCGAUUGGAGAAAGUGGGUUGUUUGGCCUGAAUUCUAUGACAUUGAAUUCGGAAAGAUAGCACUUGAUAGAUUGUGAC